CUCUCUCUCUCUCUCUCUCUCUCUCUCAUCAACAGCAGCUGCCUUCCUUUCGACAUGAAUGGAUAAACCCUUGACAGAAACCCUAGAACGAUGAAUGUGACUACUAAACCCACAUCCAUUACGAGAGAAUGAUGAAGCGAGUGUGGAGGAUAAAAUCAGACGCAGCAGCAGCUCAAUCAGAACUCUCCUUCCUCCACAGAACAAACCCCACCAAGAAACCCCUCCCGAACCCCACACUCCUCGCCAGAACCUCCGCCCAGAGAUUCUACUCCUCCCAGUCGAAUCCGUGCCCUAACAACUCCUUCCCCAACAUCGCGGGGUUAUUCGCCGACAAGUGGAGUUAUAAUCCCGAUUCCAGGGCCAGAGAAGAUCUCUGCACCAAGGUCUCUCGCUUGAGAGACGAUUUGUUGUUUAACGCGGAUAGUAGCGACCGGAUUGUUAGGGUUUUGGAAGGAUUGGGGGAGCCUUUGUUCAGGAGUUAUUCUGAUGGAUCUGCUUUCGUUGAGCUGUUGAAGCAGUUGCGUUCUUCGCCUUCAUUAGCCCUAGAGGUUUUUGAAUGGAGAAGGAAACAAGCAGAGUUUGGCAUUCCAAUGACACCAGAGGAGUAUGCCAAGGGUAUUGCUAUUGCUGGUAGAAUGAGGAAUGUUGAUCUUGCGCUUGAAAUUUUUACCGAGGCUGCUAACAAGAGACUUAAGACCACCUCUACAUACAAUGCCCUUAUGGGUGCUUAUAUGUUCAAUGGUUUUGCCGAGAAGUGUCAGUCAUUGUUUCGUGAAUUAAGGAGAGAUGGAAAUUGUUGUCCUACGAUUGUAACUUAUAACAUACUUAUAUCUGUUUUUGGUCGGUUGAUGCUUGUAGAUCACAUGGAGGCAACUUUUCGUGAGGUAGAGAAUUUAAGACUCUCUCCUAAUUUGAGUACAUACAAUAAUUUGAUUGCUGGAUAUAUUACAGCUUGGAUGUGGGAUAGUAUGGAAAAAACAUAUAGAGUUAUGGUAGCAGGCAAUGUUAAGCCUGAUAUUGUUACCCACUCACUAAUUUUACGAGGGUUCGCACAUUCUGGUAAUUUGGAAAAGAUGGAAGAGCUAUAUGAGCAUGUAAAACAUCAUAUUAAUGAGAACGAAAUUCCAUUGAUCAGAGCUAUGAUAUGCGCAUACUGUAGAAGUACUGACAGAACUAGAGUUGAAAAGAUUGAGGCUUUAUUGAGGCUUAUUCCGGAAAAGGAGUAUAGGCCUUGGUUGAAUGUUUUAUUGAUUAGGGUAUAUGCACAAGAGGAUUUGUUAGAGAGGAUGGAGAAUUCAAUCAAUGUGGCAUUUGAGCAUAAUACCUAUGUAACUACUUUGGGUGUGAUGCGUUGUAUCAUUUCUAGUUAUUUCCGAAGCAAUGCAGUGGACAGGCUGGCAUAUUUUGUAAAGCGGGCGGAGUGUGCUGGUUGGAGAAUCUGCCGGUCCCUAUACCACUGUAAGAUGGUCAUGUAUGCAUCACAGAAGCGCAUUGAAGAAAUGGAGAGUGUUCUUUAUGAGAUGGAAGAUAUGAAUUUGGAGCGCACGAAGAGAACACUUUGGAUACUGUAUAAAGCCUACACCAUAUGUGGUGAAACGUACAAAAUGCAGCAAGUGGUAGGAAUGAUGUUCAAGCACGGUCAUGAAAUUCCUUUGGACUUAUUUCCUCCAUAGUGCAGUUUGGUUGGACAGCAUAGCUGUGCAUUGUGCUGAAACAGUUGAAUAAGCAUUCAGCUAAUAAUUGGAGAAUGGUUGCGGAAUACAGGUUCAUCUAGUCCAUUGUUAUCCACCUGAAAGGGCACCAGAAGUGAUCCCAUGAUAUGUCUCGUGAAUUUGGGCAGCUCACUGGUGUUCUCUGCAGCUUUACUGGACAAGUCCAUAGUACUAUUGAAUAUUUGGAUGCUUGCAACAAGGCACAAUUCGAGAACGUUUGCAUUCGAACAGUGGGCGCUCAUCUUGUUUACCUAGGAAUACUGGGACCGAGACAAAAUGUUACCUCGGUCUGAUAGGAAAAAUAAAGUGAUACUGGUAUUGCUUGCUGCUUCAAAUACCUCCUGGUGGUUUCUUGAGGUGAUUUUCAAUAACUCCGCCAGUAUGCCAGACUUCUCGUCAAGGAAGAAAUAGUGUUAGUCACCGUAGAUGGGGGACUGGUGGAGCACUUCUCAAAGGGCAGGGGCAGUGUGAGUUCUGCGCUCGAGCUGGUAACCUUGUUAUGCAAGAUGGGAAGUCCUUUCUUGCCUCAUUUGCUGCUGAGUAUCGUGCUCGCUUGCUUCAUUAACAUUGUGUUUUCGCAUUCAUUUUCUCAAUGUUUUGUUGUCUGCAGAUAGUUUUUUAGUUAUUCUGGGGAUCAAAAUGAGCCUGCAGCAUCAAAAUGGCCUCUCCAAACUUUACUGUUAGAUACUAGUGUCGUGCUCAUUUUAUACUGUGCAUGAAACUUAUGUUGAAGAUUGAUUCCGUAGUAAUGUUUUGAGUUUUUCUCUUACAGUUGCUUAGGUGGGGAGCGGGCAGGUAGGAGGGCGAUGAACGUGUUCUUCUACUUCUUGUUUUUGAACAAGAAAGUGUCAUUCUUCAAGCUGGCAAAAAUGAAGAGAAUAUUCUUGAAAUGCAUUUGAAGUUUUGAACCGAAAAAUAUGGUUCCAUG